AUGUUUAAUGACUUGUAUUAUGUUACGAGGACGCGAUUCUAUAAGCUUGCACAAUACCUUCAUAGCAUUGAGAAUAGCAAAGAAUACCAACUAUUUCAGGAUCAAUCCAAACCAUAUGACUCGAAGAAGAACUGUUGGGUUCCCGAUGCGGAAGAUGGGUACGUCGCUGGAGAAAUCACCUCUACUAAGGGAGAUACCGUCACCAUUGUUACAGCCCGUGGAAAUGAGGUGACAAUCAAGAAGGAGCUCGUGCAGGAGAUGAAUCCUCCAAAAUAUGAGAAAACCGAGGACAUGUCCAACUUGACCUUCCUUAACGAUGCAUCAGUCCUUCACAACUUGCGUUCUCGUUACGCAGCCAUGCUUAUCUACACUUACUCUGGUCUCUUCUGCGUUGUGAUCAACCCGUAUAAACGUCUUCCAAUUUACACUGAAUCCGUGGCAAGGAUGUUCAUGGGCAAGAGAAGAACCGAAAUGCCUCCUCAUCUGUUCGCCGUCUCUGACUUAGCAUAUAGAAAUAUGCUUCAAGAUCAUGAGAACCAGUCUAUGCUUAUCACAGGAGAAUCUGGAGCAGGAAAGACUGAAAACACCAAGAAAGUAAUUGCCUACUUCGCCAGCGUUGGUGCCAGUCAACAAGAAGGCGCAGCCGCGGGUGAAGGAAAGAAGAAGGUCACCCUGGAAGACCAGAUCGUCCAGACUAACCCCGUCUUGGAGGCGUUCGGCAAUGCCAAGACUGUCCGUAACAACAACUCUUCUCGUUUCGGAAAAUUCAUUCGGAUUCACUUCUCAAAGGCCGGACGUCUCGCUUCUUGCGAUAUCGAACACUAUCUUCUCGAAAAAUCUCGUGUAAUUCGUCAGGCUCCUGGAGAGCGUUGCUACCACAUCUUCUACCAAAUUUUCUCUGAUUACAAACCCGAGUUGAAGAAGGCUCUUGAACUCGACAAACCUCUCAAAGAUUACUGGUUUGUUGCUCAGGCUGAGCUAUCAAUUGAUGGGGUCAACGACAAAGAGGAGUUCCAAAUGACCGAUGAGGCGUUCGACAUCUUGAACUUUUCGGCAGAAGAAAAGAUGAAUUGUUACCGUCUUAUGGCCGCACUCAUGCAUAUGGGUAACAUGAAGUUCAAGCAGCGCCCCCGUGAAGAGCAGGCUGAGCCAGAUGGUACUGAAGAGGCCGAGAAAGCCGCUAGCAUGUACGGUUUGUCUAACGAGGAAUUCAUCAAGGCUCUAACUAAGCCCCGUGUAAGAGUUGGAACCGAAUGGGUUAACAAAGGACAGAACAUGGAGCAGGUCAACUGGGCCACUGGAGCUAUGGCCAAGGGCCUCUAUGCUCGUGUAUUCCAUUGGCUUGUUAAGAAAUGCAACCUUACCCUAGAUCAGCAAGGAAUCUCGCGUGACUAUUUCAUCGGUGUGCUUGACAUUGCUGGUUUCGAAAUUUUCGACUUCAACUCGUUCGAACAGCUGUGGAUCAACUUCGUAAACGAAAAACUGCAGCAGUUCUUCAAUCAUCACAUGUUCGUUCUUGAACAAGAAGAAUACGCCCGCGAAGGUAUUCAGUGGACUUUCAUCGAUUUCGGUCUCGAUCUGCAAGCUUGUAUCGAACUGAUUGAGAAGCCCCUUGGUAUCAUUUCCAUGCUUGAUGAAGAGUGUAUCGUACCAAAGGCUACUGACCUGACUCUGGCCCAGAAACUGAACGAGCAACAUCUCGGUAAACACCCAAACUUCGAAAAGCCUAAACCUCCAAAGGGAAAGCAGGCCGAAGCCCACUUUGCCAUGCGUCACUACGCUGGAACUGUGAGAUACAAUGUGACCAACUGGCUGGAGAAGAACAAGGAUCCUCUGAACGACUCAGUCGUGUCCGUUAUGAAACAGUCCAAAGGAAACGAUUUGCUUGUGGAGAUCUGGCAAGAUUAUACCACCCAAGAAGAAGCUGCUGUCAAGGCCAAAGAGCCUGGUGGCGGAGGCAAAAAGAAGGGAAAGUCCGGCUCGUUUAUGACUGUCUCUAUGCUGUAUCGCGAGUCUUUGAACAACUUGAUGAGUAUGCUGAACAAGACCCAUCCCCACUUUAUCCGUUGUAUCAUUCCCAACGAGAAGAAGGCUUCCGGAGUAAUUGAUGCAGCACUUGUGCUUAAUCAAUUAACAUGCAACGGUGUACUCGAGGGUAUCCGUAUUUGUCGCAAAGGCUUCCCCAACAGAACUCUUCACCCCGAUUUCGUGCAGCGUUAUGCUAUUCUCGCCGCCAAGGAAGCCAAGUCCGAAGAAGACAAGAAGAAGUGCGCAGAAGCCAUGAUGUCAAAACUAGUGAAUGAAGGCGCGGUCACUGAGGAGAUGUUCCGUAUUGGUCUCACAAAAGUGUUCUUCAAAGCCGGAGUAUUGGCCCACCUUGAGGAUCUACGCGACGAAAAGCUAGCCAUCAUCAUGACCGGAUUCCAAGGUCAGAUUCGCUGGUACCUUGGACAAGUCGAUCGCAAGCGACGUGUAGAACAGCGCGCUGGUCUGCUCAUCGUCCAGCGCAAUAUUCGCUCAUGGUGUACGCUGCGUACUUGGGAAUGGUUCAAACUAUACGGAAAAGUCAAGCCAAUGCUCAAGGCAGGAAAGGAAGCCGAAGAGCUGGAGAAGAUCAACGAAAAGGUAAAACAACUUGAAGAGAGCUUGGCUAGGGAAGAGAAGCUACGAAAGGAGCUCGAGGAUAGUUCCACGAAGCUGUUGGAAGAAAAGAACAACUUGUUCACUAACCUCGAAAGCACUAAGGGACAACUCUCAGAUGCUGAAGAACGCCUCGCUAAGUUGCAGUCUCUGAAGGGAGAUGCCGAUAAGCAACUUGCUGAGUUAAAUGAACGCCUUGCCGAUCAAGAAGAUCGCAACGCCGACGUCCAGCGCGCAAAGAAGAAGGUGGAAUCAGAACUUGAGUCUUUGAAAAAACAAAUUCAAGAACUCGAAAUGAGCUUGAGGAAGUCUGAGUCCGAGAAACAAUCCAAGGACCACCAGAUCCGUUCUCUCCAAGAUGAAAUGCAACAGCAAGAUGAAGCAGUCGCAAAACUCAACAAGGAGAAGAAGCAUCAAGAGGAGAUCAACCGUAAACUAAUGGAGGACCUUCAGUCCGAAGAGGAUAAGUCGAACCAUACCAACAAAGUGAAAGCUAAGUUGGAGCAAACUCUUGAUGAUCUCGAAGACAAUCUAGAACGAGAAAAAAGAUCUCGCGCUGAUCUUGACAAGCAGAAGAGAAAGGUAGAAGGUGAGCUGAAGAUUGCCCAAGAAAACAUCGACGAGGCAGCACGUCAACGUCACGAUCUUGAAAACAAUCUAAAGAAAAAGGAGAGUGAAUUACAUUCCAUUAGCAGCCGGCUGGAGGACGAACAAGCUCUGGUAAGCAAACUCCAACGACAGAUCAAGGAGGGACAGAGCCGCAUCUCUGAACUCGAAGAAGAACUCGAAAGUGAGCGGCAAUCUCGUGCCAAGGCCGACCGCGCUAAGUCUGACCUUCAGCGCGAACUCGAAGAACUCGGAGAUCGCCUUGAUGAGCAAGGAGGCGCCACCGCUGCUCAGGUUGAGCUCAACAAAAAGCGCGAAGCUGAACUCGCCAAACUACGCCGCGACCUUGAGGAGGCCAACAUGAACCAUGAGAACCAACUUGGUGGGCUCAGAAAGAAGCACACUGACGCCGUUGCUGAGCUCACCGACCAACUCGAUCAGCUACAGAAGCAAAAGGCUAAGAUCGAGAAGGAAAGGCUGCAGGCGCAACAGGAAGCAGAAGAGCUUGCUGCCCAACUUGACGCUGAGACGUCCGCCAAGAUGAACAACGAAAAACUUGCAAAGCAGUUUGAACUUCAGCUCACAGAGCUUCAGUCCAAAUGUGAUGACCAGUCUCGACAACUGCAAGACUUUAUUUCACUCAAAGGACGCUUGCACAACGAGAACUCUGAUAUCAGUCGCCAACUUGAAGACGCCGAGUCUCAGCUGAACCAAUUCUCACGCCUUAAGAGCCAGAUGACCAGUCAACUUGAAGAGGCCCGACGCACUGCUGACGAGGAGGCUCGAGAACGUCAAACCCUUGCUGCUCAGGCCAAGAACUUCCAACACGAGGCUGAGCAACUUCAGGAAAGUCUUGAGGAGGAAAUUGAAUCAAAGAACGAAGUAAUGCGGCAGCUUAGCAAAGCUAACGCUGAAAUUCAGCAGUGGAAAGCACGCUUUGAAGGCGAAGGUCUCAUCAAAGCCGACGAGCUUGAAGAUGCCAAGAGACGUCAAGCCCAGAAGAUUAACGAGUUGCAGGAAGCGCUCGACGCCGCCAAUUCAAAGAUCGCUUCGCUUGAAAAAACCAGGAGUCGUUUGGUUGGGGACCUCGACGACGCUCAGGUUGAUGUUGAGCGUGCCAACGCAUUCGCUAACGCUCUUGAAAAGAAGCAGAAAGGCUUUGACAAGAUCAUUGACGAAUGGAGAAAGAAGACCGACGACCUCUCUGCUGAGCUCGACUCAGCUCAAAGGGAUGCUCGCAACACUGCAACCGAGUUGUUCAAAGCAAAGAACGUCCAGGAGGAGCUGCACGAGGUUGUUGAAGGACUUCGCCGCGAGAAUAAGAGUCUCAGCCAGGAAAUUAAAGACCUAAGCGACCAACUCGGUGAAGGAGGUCGAUCUGUGCACGAAAUGCAGAAGAUCCUUCGCCGUCUCGAAAUCGAGAAGGAGGAGCUGCAGCAUGCUUUGGAUGAAGCUGAAGCUGCACUUGAGGCCGAGGAAAGCAAGGUGCUUCGAGCACAGGUUGAAGUGUCGCAGAUCCGCUCAGAAAUCGAAAAGCGCAUCCAAGAGAAGGAGGAGGAGUUCGAAAACACCCGUAAGAAUCACCAGCGUGCCAUGGACUCAAUGCAGGCUUCACUGGAGACGGAAGCCAAGGGCAAGGCAGAACUCCUGAGAGUAAAGAAGAAGCUUGAGGCUGAUAUCAACGAGCUGGAGAUUGCUCUCGAUCACGCCAACAAAGCCAAUGCCGAUGCACAGAAAAACCUGAAACGAUACCAGGAACAGAUUCGGGAGCUCCAACUCCAGGUGGAAGACGAGCAACGACAACGGGACGACAUCCGCGAACAGUUUUUCAACGCCGAAAAACGUGCCACUCUUCUGCAAUCCGAGAAGGAAGAACUACUUGUUUCCAACGAAGCCGCCGAGCGGGCUAGGAAGCAAGCGGAAUACGAGGCUGCCGAUUUUCGCGAUCAGAACAAUGAGCUGUCGGGACAGGCUGCUUCACUUGCUGCCACUAAGAGAAAACUCGAAGGAGAAAUUCAAGCUAUUCAUGCUGACCUCGAUGAAACUCUCAAUGAGUACAAGGCUGCUGAAGAGCGCAGCAAGAAGGCAAUGGCCGAUGCCAGCCGUCUGGCCGAAGAACUUCGUCAAGAACAAGAACAUGCGCAGCAUAACGACCGCAUGCGUAAGGGACUUGAGCAACAGCUCAAGGAGAUGCAAGUUCGUCUUGAUGAAGCUGAGGCUGCAGCACUUAAAGGGGGCAAGAAGGUGAUUGCCAAACUAGAACAACGCGUGCGUGAGGUAGAAUCUGAGCUUGAUGGAGAACAACGCCGAUACCAAGAAGCCAACAAAAAUCUUAGCAAGGCAGAUCGCCGAGUGCGAGAACUUCAGUUCCAGGUCGACGAAGAUAAAAAGAACUUUGGACGCCUGCAAGAUCUCAUUGAUAAACUCCAGAACAAGAUGAAGACACAGAAAAAGCAGAUUGAGGAGGCGGAAGAAGUUGCCAACCUGAACCUGCAGAAGUAUCGUCAGAUCCAACACCAACUGGAAGACGCCGAGGAACGUGCCGACGUAGCCGAAAACUCUUUGUCGAAGAUGAGAGCCAAGUCACGAUCUAAUGCCUCUGCAGCCCCAGGAGGUCUUCAAACCUCGCAAUCCGCCACUGUUAUGCGAUCGGCAUCUCGUACACGCGCCAGCGAUUUCUAA